AGCCAUUGGGUCAUAGGCCACGCCCACUGGAUACAAACGCAGCGCGGGAGUCAGAUGAGGUCAGGAACAUAUGGCCGUCCCGUUGCUAGAACACGGCAGCGCCAAACAUUUCACUGCUUCCUCAACUUGGGCCAAUGAAGAGCUGGACUUGCUCAACGUCUGAAAAUCAAGUCUGGAUCAGUACCAACUCUCCUCGGCUCAGCUACAAACCUCGAAAAAGUACACCUGUUUUGGCACUGACUGCCUCCGCUGACAUCAAGUCAAGAAGCAGAGUCAUCAGACUACUCCAUAUGGACAAUGCUGUUCAAAUCAUCGCUAGUCCCAACAAGACAAACAUCCGUCUUGGCUUGUGCAAGGUGCCCACUCAUCACAUGAACUGCCUAGACUGGAUAGUGCAACAUGCCAAAGACGAGGGCUCAGCAAUGCUACCGAUAUUAAUUUACUGCCAAAGCCUUAAAUCAGUGGGGAGAGUUUUCGCAUAUUUAAAGGCGGAACUGCAAGGACAUGCCUGGGUGGGCUGUGAUCCGGACUGUAGAAGUGAGAACCUACUGAUUGGCAUGUUCCACAGCAAAACCCUCCCCCAAAACAAGCAGAGAGUGUUGGCUUCUCUGAGGGGGGAAGGGAAUUGCCGGAUAGUUGUUUCAACAACAGCUUUGGGGAUGGGGUUGCAUUUUGCUAAUGUUUCACACGUGGUAAUGUACGGGGCUCCAGGUGACCUAGAGGCCAUUUUACAACAGGCGGGCAGGGCUGGAAGGCAUGGUCAGCCAUCACAUGCCAUCCUCUACAACACCGGGCAGUACUUCAAGGUGGAUGAAGAGGUAAAGAAACUGCUUGCUGUUGGAAAAACCACAUGUUUCAGGAAAUCUCUCCAUGCACAUUUUGAAGCAGAACCCAGCCAUGUAGAGCCAGGCCAUCUCUGUUGUACAUACUGUCAGACUGUUUGCGCUUGUUCAUCUGGCACAUGUACAGAACCCAUGCCCAAUUAUGAACAGAUUGAAGCUGAACCAACUCAUCAGAGAUCUAGGCAUGUGGAUGCAAAUGACAAGUCUUUAAUUGCAGAUUUGCUGAAUGACUACAGAGAUAGUUUGAUCAAUUCAUCCAAUCCACUGUACACCUCACAUGCAGCCUGCACUGGAUUCAGUCAGCAACUGGUGGAUGCAGUAUUGACCCACUGUCAAUACAUAUUUGACCUGGCAUACAUUAGUGCUAACCUUCCUGUGUUUAGAUUGGACCAUGCAAAGGAGAUUUUAAUUAUCAUCAGUGAUGUUUUUGGGGAUAUUGAUGGGGAUCUGCAAUAUGAUUCAGAGAGGUAUUUAACUGACCCAGAUCUCUAUUUCAGUAACUACUUCGACAAUGUUGAUGAUGAUGUUGAAGAUACACUCACGAGCCAUGUCAGUAGCUCUGAGUCUGAACAGUGAAUUCUGUGAUGCUUGUGAUGUACAGAACACUUCAAACCCCUUUGUGUACUUGUGCAGGAACAUGAUUGGUGUCAGUUGUAUAUUGUUUUGUAUGUGUUUGGUUGGUAUUUGUGCAAUUCUACAAAACUAAAUAAAAGUGUACAAAACACAUACUUGUAAGACCCUAAUUAAGUUAUAAUAGAAACGAGACGUACUAUGAAAAAGUGUUUUUUUUUUUUACUAAUUCAACCAAAAAGUACUUGCAUAACAAUAUGAACUAUUUACACAUUCAUACAAAUAGGCCUUCUAUAACAGCUUCAAAUGAAAUAGUCUGGCAGGACAAGGCUAGGACCAUUACAGACCAGGUAGGUAAUUGAUUAAAGAACAACAGUCCUCCAGUCUUUCAGCCUGCAACGCAUCCAUCGCCACAC